AUCUUUCCUCUUCAUCACCUCUCUUUAAAAAAAUGUCCGCUGAAGACGUCUUCGAAGGGGCCGUUGGAAUUGACCUUGGUACCACCUACUCCUGUGUUGGUGUCUGGCAAAACGAUCGUGUGGAGAUCAUUGCCAAUGACCAGGGUAACCGGACAACGCCAUCCUAUGUCGCUUUUUCUGCCGAGGAACGUCUGAUUGGCGAUGCUGCUAAAAAUCAGGCUGCCAUGAACCCCCGUAACACGGUCUUCGACGCAAAGCGACUUAUUGGCCGUCGUUUUGAUGACCCAGACGUGAAAAAGGACAUGACUCAUUGGCCCUUCGAAGUCGUUGAAAAGGACGGUUCUCCGUUGAUCAAAGUUGGCUACCUUGGCGAGGACAAGACCUUCACUCCUCAGGAGAUCUCUUCUAUGGUAUUGAUAAAAAUGAAAGAGAUCUCCGAAGCCAAGCUUGGCAAGACUGUGAAGAAGGCUGUUGUCACUGUCCCUGCCUACUUUAACGACUCUCAACGUCUUGCCACAAAAGAUGCAGGUGCUAUCGCAGGUCUCGAUGUUCUCCGUAUAAUCAACGAGCCUACUGCUGCUGCCAUUGCUUACGGUCUUGACCGUCAGUCAAAAGCAGAGAAGAAUGUUCUCAUCUUCGAUCUCGGUGGAGGAACUUUUGAUGUUUCCCUCUUGAACAUAAGCGGAGGUGUUUUCACUGUCAAGGCUACUGCUGGUGACACUCACUUGGGUGGUGAGGACUUUGAUAACACCCUCUUGGAUCACUUCAAGAACGAGUUCAAGCGGAAGUCUAAGUUCGACAUUUCUGAUGACCCCCGUGCUCUUAGACGUCUCCGAAGUGCCUGCGAGCGUGCCAAGAGGACCUUGUCCAGCGUCACCCAGACCACCGUUGAGGUCGACUCUUUGUACCAGGGUGAGGACUUUUCGGCAAACAUCACUCGUGCUCGCUUUGAGGAGAUCAAUGCCGUGCUCUUCAAGUCGACUCUAGAGCCUGUCGAGAAGGUUUUGAAGGAUGCUAAGAUGGCCCGUGAUAAGGUCGACGACAUUGUUCUCGUUGGUGGUUCUACCCGUAUUCCCAAAAUCCAGUCUCUUGUGUCGGAAUACUUUGGUGGACGUCAACUCAACAAGUCCAUCAACCCUGACGAGGCUGUUGCAUAUGGGGCCGCUGUUCAGGCUGCAGUUCUUACCGGUCAGACCUCGGAGCAGACGAAGGACCUUCUGUUACUUGAUGUCGCACCCCUCUCUCUCGGUGUUGCCAUGCAAGGAGACGUCUUUGGUGUCGUUGUUCCUCGUAACACCCCUAUCCCCACUAACAAGUCCAGGACAUUCACUACCGUCGAGGACAACCAGACCACUGUUACUUUCCCUGUAUACGAGGGUGAACGUACACAAUGCCGUGACAACCGUCUCCUUGGAGAGUUUGAGCUCACUGGUAUUCCGCCUAUGCCCCGUGGGCAAGCUGAACUCGUCACAACCUUCGAGGUUGACGCCAAUGGUCUGUUGAAGGUUUCUGCUCAAGACCGUGCCUCGGGUCGGAAGGCUUCCAUCAGCAUCACAAAUUCUGUUGGCCGUCUAUCCUCAGUUGAGAUUGACCAGAUGAUCAAGGAUGCUGAACAAUUUAAGAUGGCCGACAAGGAGUUCUCAGCUCGCCACGAAGCCAAGUCCGAUCUUGAGGCUUACAUUCACCAAGUCGAGGAAACUAUUACAUCCCCAGAGAUUGGCAUGAAGCUUAAGCGUGGAGCUAAGACUCAGGUCGAGGCUGAACUUGCUCGUGCACUUGAGAAGUUGGAGAUUGAGGACUCGUCGGCGGAUGAGUUGAAGAAGGCACAACUAGGAAUCAAGCGAGCGCUCCAGAAAGCGACUGCGGGCAUCCGGUAA